CUUGAUUCUGUAUACCAUAAAGGACACUUGUAUAUUUUACCAUGACCAUCGAAUACUUGACGCUUCAGCCCUCUGGUGACAAGAUGCCACUUGUAGGAUUUGGCUGCUGGAAAGUGGACCCAAAAGAUGCCCCUGAAACCAUCUACAAUGCCAUCAAGACAGGAUACCGACUGAUUGACAGCGCGGCCAACUAUAAAAAUGAAGAGGGGAUUGGCAAGGGCAUUCAGAUGGCUAUUAAGGAUGGACUUGUCCGACGCCAAGAUCUCUUUGUCACCACCAAACUGUGGAGCACAUACCACAAAAAGGAACAUGUACGUAAGGCGCUUGAAAAACAGCUCGAACAAUUGCAAUUGGAUUACGUUGAUAUGUUCCUUGUUCACUUUCCAUUGCCCUUGAAGUACGUCCCGAUUGAAGCAAAAUAUCCUCCGGGAUGGUAUCAGCCCGGGGAAGAUGUGAUUACACUGGACCGAGCGCCGAUGCAUGAAUGCUGGGCAGCCAUUGAAGAUUGCGUCCGGGCCGGUCUCACACGUAACAUCGGUGUCUCGAAUUUCAAUGUGCAACUGUUGAUGGAUAUGUUGACGUAUGCAAACAUCCGACCCUCUCUUCUGCAAGUGGAAUUACACCCGUAUCUGCAGCAAGAACAUCUUGUCCGUUGGGCUCAACAGCAAGGGAUUGCUGUUACGGCUUAUUCAUCCUUUGGUCCUACGUCUUUUGUAUCCACCGGUUCUAGACGAGCCAAAAAUGUUCAACCAUUGUUCGAAAACCCGACCAUCAUGGAUAUCGCUGCCAAGUACAAUCGUCAACCUUCCGAGGUCGCCCUGCGCUGGUCACUGGAGCGUAAUGUGGCCGUGGUGCCAAAGUCUUUGAAUGUCGAUCGCAUGAAAAUGAAUCUUCAGGCCCUUGACUGGAAAAUGGACGAAGAGGAUGUGCAAGCCAUCAAUGGUCUGGAUAUGGGUCUUCGUUUCAAUGAUCCCAUGGUGAACGCUCAAAAACUCCCCAUCUUUUACUAACUUUCUAUUUAACCAUCCUUCUACUGAAGGUUUUGCCCAUAUCAUUCCCUCAUUGUCCGCCUCUCUAAUCUGGAACCAUAGACUCCCUUUUUGUAAUUAUUGGUUUCAAUCUGUUGCAAAAAUAAAAUAAAAAAAUCACAUCUUCAUAAUCCACUGGCUUGAAGAUCUUGCCAAUAUUUAAAGAAUGUAUAUAAAGAUAUGGGACAUAGUGGAUAUUGGUCACGCAUGUAAAAAAGCAUGUUU